UGCCAGUACCGGGGGGGUGGGAGAGAGGAAAUAGAAGUGGGUGGAUGAAGAGCAGCUGAGCUGGCGUCUGGGCCGGUCUGUGCAAACGGGAGCCCAUGCAAGCAGUGGGUGGGGUGUCAAGGAACAAGAGCUUCUGAAAAGGGAAAGAGAAAAGGGAGAGAAAUUGAUUCCUCGGCCGCUGGAGCAGAGAAACUUACUUUACUGUACACACUGGAUAUGUCGAAGUUUCUCACCAGCGGCAGCAGAGAGAGAUACACACACACACGCAAGAGGAGGGACCUUGCUGCUGCUGUGGACGUGUGUGUGUGUUGCAUUUGUUGCUCUGCAGUUUGUAUGAAAUUCACAUGGAAGUGAAGGAAGAGAAAGACUUAACAUUGCAGCAAUCUGCCAGCACCACCAGUUUGAAGGGAGAGUGAGUGAUUAUGAAAGGGAGGAGGAGCACUGGAUGUGUCCAGGAGCCUGUUGGAAAUGUUCAGCCUGUCUCUCUAGGACAGUAGCAAAGAUUUGGACUUUGAUGUCUUGCUGUCUUUUAGUGCAUGAUAUAUAUGGUGCUGGUGGGGUGGCUGAGGUGGGGCUCCAGGUGUAUGGGUGCAGCUCAGCAUGGCCCAGGACAUAGCCCCGGCUAAAGGAUGCAAGCAGCCCCGGAGCUCCGGCUCCAGGAGGGAGGGUAAGAGUCGCACUGUCCGCUCCAACCUGCUGCCCCUCGGCCCGAAAGGCAGCGACCAGCCCCGGAGGCUGCACGCCAGCAACCGCCUCAAGACCACCAAGUACACGCUGCUCUCCUUCCUGCCCAAGAACCUCUUUGAGCAGUUCCACCGCUUCGCCAAUGUUUACUUCGUUUUCAUCGCCCUCCUGAACUUCGUGCCCAUCGUCGGUGCCUUCCAGCCCGAGCUGGCUCUGGCCCCUGUGGUCUUCAUCUUGGCUGUCACUGCGUUGAAGGAUCUGUGGGAGGAUUACAGGAGGUACAGGUCUGACCAGGAGAUCAACCACAUGGACUGCCUCGUUUACUGCAGGAAUGAGAAAAAGUAUGUGGAAAAAUACUGGAAAGAAGUUCAGGUCGGGGAUUUUGUUCGCCUGCGCUGCAAUGAAAUCAUUCCUGCCGAUAUCCUGCUGCUGUACUCCAGUGACCCUGAUGGACUCUGCCAUAUCGAGACUGCUAAUCUGGAUGGAGAGACCAACCUCAAACAGCGACAGGUUAUUAAGGGUUUCACCGAGCUGGAAACAGAAUUUGAUCCCAUGAAGUUUAACAGUGUGAUUGAAUGUGAAAAGCCACACAACGAUCUGAACCGAUUUCGAGGAUAUAUAGUGUACAAAAACGGAAAGAGAGCUGGACUUUCUAAAGACAACCUCUUACUUCGAGGAUGCACAGUUAGAAAUACUGAAGAGGUUGUGGGGAUCGUAAUCUAUGCAGGUCAUGAGACCAAAGCUCUGUUAAACAACAAUGGACCACGCUACAAACGCAGCAAGCUGGAAAGACAAAUGAAUGUAGACGUCUUCUGGUGUGUGAUCAUUCUUUUUGUGAUGUGCCUUUUCUCAGCCAUUGGCCAUGGACUUUGGGUAGCACAGUAUGGCGAUGAGCGGCCAGUAUUUGAUGUUCUCAGCAGCAAUGGCAAAGCUUUAUCUCCUGCUUUAUCUGGAUUAUAUUUGUUCUUCACAAUGAUAAUUGUCCUACAGGUGUUGAUUCCAAUCUCACUGUAUGUCUCCAUUGAAAUUAUUAAAAUUUGCCAAGUAUUUUUCAUCCAUCAAGACUUGGACCUGUACGAUGAAGAGACUGAUUCUCGUCUGCAAUGCCGGGCACUAAACAUCACAGAAGAUCUGGGACAAAUACAGUAUAUUUUCUCUGACAAAACUGGAACACUCACAGAAAACAAAAUGGUGUUCCGAAGAUGUACAGUGGCAGGGGUUGAGUACUCUCAUGACGCUAAUGCAAAGAGAUUGGCCAUGUACCAAGAGCCUGACUCAGAGGACGAGGAAUGUAUGUCUAAAUCGGGAACCAUACCAAGGUGUGAUAGCACGUCCAGUCAUCAAAGUGCCAAAUUUGUUCACCGAACACAAAGCACUAAAUCUCAUCGGCGUACGGGCAGCAGGGCAGAAGCUAAGAGGGCCAGCAUUCUCUCCAAACACACUGCUUUCAGCAGCCCGAUGGAAAAAGAUAUCACUCCUGACCCUCAAUUAUUGGAAAAGGUGAAUGAAUGUGCGAGUCAGCUGGAGGCUUUGAGACAGCAUGGUCACCCUUUGAGCCAUUUGACCCCUGAACUAUCGGACAUCAUUGACUUUUUUAUAGCAUUGACUGUCUGCAACACUGUUGUGGUUUCAUCUCCAAAUCAGCCUCGACACAAGGCUCGCGUCCGAUUUGAGUUGAAAUCUCCAGUGAAGACUUUGGAGGAUUUCAUCAAAAGGUUUACCCCCAGUCGCCUGACUUCGGGUUCGAACAGCAGUAGCUCAUCCAGUCUUUCCACGAGCAAGUCACUGUACAGAGUCUCGUCCAGCGCCAUUUCCUCUCCUUCGGGAGAUGUUACCUUACUGAAAAUGGGCGAAGAGUUUGGCCAAUCGUCCCAGAGGGAAAAGGGCGAGAGUGUCUCACGGCCAGGAGCAGCGAGAGAUGAUGGGAAAGAUGGAGAGCUGAGGUACGAGGCCGAAAGCCCAGACGAAGCUGCUCUUGUCUAUGCAGCCAGGGCCUACAACUGUGCCCUGGUCGAGAGACUACCUGAACAGGUGACCGUGGAGUUGCCGCAUGUGGGAAAGUUAGCCGUCGAACUCUUACACACCCUGGGGUUUGACUCCACCAGGAAGCGGAUGUCUGUUGUGGUGAGGCACCCACUGACUGAUGAGAUUGUCGUUUACACCAAAGGGGCAGAUUCUGUCAUUAUGGACCUCCUUCAGCAGCCUUCUACAGAGAUUAGCACAGGCAAACGCGCAAGGAAAAUCCGAAACAAAACGCAGAAUUAUCUAAACCAAUACGCCACUGAUGGACUCCGGACGCUGUGCAUAGCCAAGAGGGUCCUGCGUAAGGAAGAAUAUGCACAGUGGCUGGAAAAUCAUUUGGAGGCGGAGUCUUCAGUUGAAAAUAGGGAUGAGCUGUUAUUCCAGUCAGCAGUGCACUUGGAGACUGACCUUCAGCUGUUAGGUGCAACUGGUAUUGAAGACCGUUUGCAGGAUGGCGUUCCCGAAACAAUCUCAAAUUUACGAAGAGCUGCUUUACAGAUAUGGGUUCUGACUGGGGACAAACAGGAAACAGCAGUCAAUAUUGCUUAUGCCUGCAAGCUCCUGGGUCACGAUGAGGAGAUUCUCACCUUGAAUGCUGAAUCGCAGGAAGCCUGUGCUGCUUUGCUGGAACAGUGCUUGAACUACAUUGAAUCAAAGAGUCCUCAGAACAAUCGGUUCAAUGUGGCUCAAAAUACAUCAGUUGACUUUAUCCCUUCAAAUAGGACUUCAGUGAGCUCUCCCACCCUGCGAGCCAACUUCAGCUUGGUCAUCGAUGGAAAGACUCUAACCUUUGCGUUGGAAAAGACAUUAGAGGACAAAUUUCUUGCAUUGGCUCAAAGUUGCCGCUCGGUGUUAUGCUGUCGCUCGACGCCAUUACAGAAAAGCAUGGUGGUUAAACUGGUCCGAGAUAAGCUAAAAGUUAUGACCUUGGCAAUAGGAGAUGGGGCUAAUGAUGUGAGCAUGAUCCAGGUUGCUGAUGUUGGAGUGGGAAUCUCUGGCCAGGAAGGAAUGCAGGCAGUAAUGGCAAGUGACUUUGCCAUUGCACGGUUUCGACAUUUGCAAAAGCUGUUGCUGGUUCAUGGGCAUUGGUGUUACUCCAGGCUUGCCAACACGGUGCUCUAUUUCUUCUAUAAAAAUGCAAUGUUUGUUGCUCUUCUAUUCUGGUAUCAAUUCUUCUGUGGAUUCUCAGGAUCAGCCAUGAUAGACCAGUGGUACCUUAUCUUCUUUAACCUUCUAUUUUCAUCGAUCCCACAACUCAUCACUGGAAUACUUGAUAAGGAUGUUUCAGCAGGAACCUUGUUGACCUUACCUCAACUUUACAAAAGUGGACAGCAUUCAGAGGAAUACAAGCCAUACAUGUUCUGGAUGAACAUGAUUGACGCUCUCUACCAAAGUCUGAUCUGCUUCUUCUUUCCCUAUUUGGCUUACCGGGAUUCUGAUAUUGAUGUUUUUGCUUGGGGAACACCCAUCACCACACUGGCUCUGUUCACAAUCUUAAUGCACUUGUGCAUUGAAACUAAGACUUGGACUUGGAUGCAUGUUGCCUCCAUAACUUUCAGCAUCCUGCUGUUCUUCACUGUUGCAUUAAGUUAUAAUGCAGCCUGUCCUACCUGCUACCCUCCAUCCAAUCCCUACUGGACCAUGCAGAGGUUGAUGACAGAUCCCAAGUUCUAUCUGAUUUGUAUUCUUACGCCAGUGGCAGCCUUACUACCGAGGUACUCAUACCGAAUAUUUCAAAGCACAUUGCUCCCCACUCCAAUCCAGCGGGGGCGUCAGCUGGACAGACUCCAGCCCACGGCUUUCAAUCAGGCUCAGAAAUGGAACGCACAAGGCAAUUGGCCGGUUACAUCGAAACCUGACUUGGUAAUGCCGCUUUCAAAGGAUUCUGGGAUUGGAGCUGAUGAGUCCUCAAUCAGCACAAGCCAAAGCGUCCCCUUGGAUACAAACCAAAUCUCUAAUGGACCAUUCAGUCAACAACAUGCGCCUGAGUUACAAGAAACCAGCUUGCCGACAACGAAGUUGACAGAAAGUGCAAAUUACUCUCUUCGGUGGAAUGGUUGCUCAUCAUCUGUUUCUAUUCGAGAUGCACAGACGCACUUGCACAAACUUCAGAAGCCUGGUUUAACGACAGAGUUGUCUUUCCCAGUGGAUGGAGUUCCACCGAUCACUCAUACUGAUGUAGAUCCAACAAAUUUACACUCACUAAACUGUAGGCCAUCAACAGCAUCUCCUAAUGACAUAGUGUGUUUUUUACAUUCCUCCUGUCACCAUGGUUUACAGACACAGACAGUGGAAAGUGAAAGCUUGGUGCCAGGUAACAUAAAACCAGAGCGUGGCAAACUCUCUGCAGAAGUGUUUCCAGACACUUGGAUUCCAACAAACUCAUUGGAGGAGAGUUCUUUGGAAAUGACUCCAUUGUGACCACGCGUUGACCAUCUAAAGUGCCUUUAUUUUAAAUUUUUGCACAGUUUCAGUCUUUCUUAUAAAAUUUUAUAUUUAAUAUUAGAUCAUCUUUUCAUGAGCGCUAAAUAAGAGAAUAUGUAUUUUAUAAUUUGCACAUGUGGAAUAUAGAGAAAAGUUGUGCGAAAUUUAAUAUAUAACUGUCUGAAAUAAUGCUGUUACCAAAAUGCAGCUUGCAUUUGCCAAGGUGACUGACCAGUUCUGUUUUUCCAGUUAAAUGCUGUGCCUAAACAAACAUCUGCCUCCCAUUCCAUCUUCCUCUUCCCCUCCAAGAGGAAGAGCCCCGCAGCUGAAGAUUGAGACAGCUCUGAGGUAGAGGGCAUAGGUUAAAGGUGAGAAAGAUUUAAAACGGACCUAAGGGGCAACUUUUUCACACAGAUGGUGGUGUGUGUAUGGAAUGAGCUGCCAGAGGAGGUUGUAGAGGCUGAUACAACAUUUAAAAGGCAUCUGGAUGACUAUAUGAAUAGGAAGGGUUUAGAGAGAUAUGGGCCAAAUGCUGCUAAAUGGGACUAGAUUAAGUUAGGAUAUCUGGUCAACAUGGACGAUUUGGACCAAAGGGUCUGUUUCCAUGCUGUACAUCCCUAUGUCUCUAUGACAUUUUGAUUAUUUUUCUUUGCAUUGUUUAUGCAUCAAGGAUCAAAGGAAAGCAGUCCACUAUGUUAGUAGUAUCACAAACCAAGCAGAAAAUGUCACUAUAUUGUGAAGUCUGAAACCUAUCAGGCUCCCCCUCCCCCGAUCCAACAAUACCCAUUAUGUAUGGUAUAAUUGUAAUAUAUACACUAAUCCCUUAACACUGUUUGCUGAUGAGAUCCUGUGGUGGUAUAAGUGCGUGAAAGUGUGUGUGUGUCUGUGCGUGUGUCUGUAUGUGUAUGUGUGUAUGUAUGUGUGUGUGCGUGUGUUGAAUUUCCUUUCUCUGUCCAAAUUUGUAAUAGAAACAGCUAUUUGCAAGCUUCUCACACGUAACUGCACCUAUCUCCACCCCGCCCCUUGCUCCCACGGGUGCAGCAGUGCCAAGUCUUCCGAAGAUGCUGGAAUGUCAGCAUAAGGAGCUCAAGCAGCAACAGGAGUAGGUCACUCACCCCUUCUGCUGCCCUAUGAGAUCACGGAUGAUCUGCAUUCACCUGCCUUGUCUGAUUAAUACUUUUCCUAUAGCCUAAUGACCUUGGCUAACCAAAAGCUAUCAAUCUCUAACUUGAAAUGGGUAAUGAACCUGGAGUCUGUCCUGCGUGAAAGUGAGUUCCAUACUUCUACCAUUUCUGGUGUAAGAAAUUGGUUCCUAUUUUCUCUCCUGAAUGGUCUGGCUCUCAUUUUAAGGAGGUACCCCUUGCUCUAGACCUGUGGGAAAAGUUCCUCUGUCAGCACCAUUCACACAGCGGCCUUUCCAAUUCAGAUAUGGGUGUAGAAACUAAUGAUGGAAAAAUCAACACACAAAGAGUAUUAUCUUGAAGUAGAAAUAGAAAUUUAUUGUUAUGUGUACUUUUGCAUGAAAAAUACAGUGGAAAGUUUUACAAGUCACCCUACCACAGCGCCUAUAUUAAUGACAGGAGUCCUGCAUGAUAAUAAAACAAAAGUACAUUUAAGACAGCAUUCAUCACAGUUCAGUUAAUGGCUUUAUGCUGAGGAAUCUUACUAAAUCCAUAAGUUUAGCUCUCAUCAGUAAAGUCGCCCUAGUCCCAGAGGACCACAGUGCUGCUCUCUAAUGAGAGACAGAGAGAAAGAGACAGAGAGACAACUGGUGAUGAGUUUAACUUGAGGGUAACCGUGCCUCAGGUGAGGGUGAGAUUGAGAAGCCGAGAUCUUUGUGGUAACUUCAAUUGACUCCAUAGCUCCCAUAAUCUGCCAGGCACUAAUCCAGCUUCACCGGAACACCACAUUUGGUCUUGAUACACACAAAACCAAGGGAAAUUGAAAUGUGUAGCAGAGAACAGGCCAUUCUGCCCACUGAUUCAUGCUGGUGAUCUUCAGCCCCUUGAUAUCUAACCCUAUCAGCCAAACUGGUUGCUUCCUAUCCCUCCUACCUUCAUCCAGCUUUCCCAGAAAUGCUGCCGUUGUUGAAUUUUCUCUCUGGAGAAGGAACUAUCUUUAUUCUAACAAAAAGAUCAAUAUGAAGGAUCCUCUGCCUUAAUUGCCUGGGUCAGUGCUUGCUUUUGAUUGGGGAGGGUUGCAUGCACAGAGGACAGAGAUCACGGGAUGAAAAGGGAAUUGGAGUGGGAGAAUUCCCAACCUAUUGGUAAUGAUUUCCAGAAGAGAGGACUGGUGGGUUUCAACUGGAUGUGAGAAUGUAAGAAACAGGUGAAAAUUUAAAAGGUAAAGGACUUACUUUCUACCAA